UCAACCAUAACUGCCUUACUUUGUUAAUUUUCAAUUUAGCUAAUCUAAUUACCAUAUUUAUUUUUAAACUUACUAUUAUCGGUGUUACUUUAUGUUUCUUUUAUUUUUUAAAAUAAAUUUAUCAAUAAAUGUUAUUGUCAGUGUUUAUAAUUUAUAAUAAUAUAUAAAUGAUUUUAAUCAAGUUACUUGAAUAACUAUAUAUUUAAAUAGUAAUAGUUGAAUAUAAAUAACGCGAUGCACUAAAAUGAUGCCAUCUCUUAUACCGUUCAGUGUUCGUGAUAUUUUGAAUGAUAAUCAUAUUGAGACAAUGGAUUCAUACAAUUCUCAUGGACAGACAUCACAAAAUUUUAAUUUAUCACAAGACUACUAUGGAUAUAAUACAACUCCAGAAACUCAUUGGGAUAUUGACAAGUAUAAAGAACAAUUACAAUCGACUCAACAAGUAAACAAUCAAAAUUACUCAGAUUUGAAUAAUAUUCAACCCUUGGGGCAUAUUGUAACUCCGUAUCAAGAAACUCCGGUUGUAGAAGAUGGAAAUAUCGUAACAUCAAGUAAAACAGAGUUAAGAAAAAAUCAAUCUGGAAAAAGAACAAAAAGAAAACCCCGAGUCCUUUUUUCUCAGGCUCAAGUUUACGAAUUAGAGCAGCGUUUUAAACAACAGCGAUACCUGAGUGCACCAGAACGUGAGGUGUUGGCAUCAACAUUGAAACUUACAAGCACUCAAGUAAAAAUUUGGUUUCAAAAUCGCCGUUACAAAAAUAAACGCGCGCGAAUUGAAGAUGCUGAAAAACAUGUACAAUCUCAAAAUAUUAAAAAUCAAUCAUCAGUUAAAAAAAUUAGUGUGCCUGUGUUAAUAAAAGAUGGAAAACCAAAUAAUCGUGAUUCUUGUGGAAUAAAUUAUUGGACUAAUGGAUUUAGAUCUGAUCUCAAUACACAGGAAAUCCAACAAGACUUUGGUCACGUUCGAUUGAGUCCUGACUAUAGAAUAAUAAACGAUAUACGACAAGACACUACAAGCAUUGCUAGUGAAUUUAGAAAUAAUUUUAGUCCGAACCAAGAUAUUCAUCGGCAUGGUUUUUCAUCAUCGAUUGACUAUCGGACGAAUAAUAAUUUUAGUUCAUCGGGAAUAAAAUCUAUCAAGACUGAAUAUAAAGACUUUAAUGAUAUGUCUAAUUUUAACGAAUUUAAACCCGUUUCAUCUGACGAAAAAUCCGGAAUGAUACUUAAUAAUGAAAAUCGUUCUAUUAUGGAUAUAUCUGGGAAUGAUUUUGCUUUUUCUAAUUACAAUAAUCCAUCAAAUUAUCAAAUGAGUUAUGUUAAUUAUAUGGAACAAUUACCGAUAGAUCAGAGCAUUCAGCGACUUUGGUAAUUUAUUUUAACGAUUUAGUAUAACGAUUCAAAGAGUAGAUAUGC